CUACCCGAAUGCAUUUCUCGACUGCGUGUGUUGCUGCUGCCGUCCACGACCAGUGUUUCUGCCUGUGAUAAAAUGCCAAAAUAAACCCGCCCGCCUACUGUAUGUGCGAUACGUAUUGGGUGUGUUGUUUGUGUGAUCGAGCGCAUGCGAUACGGCGGAAGAGUUUAUCACCACGUUCUACGGCGGUGGUCUGAAGAUCGCCGUAUUUCCCACCAAUACACCCGACACGGUGCUGCCUUCCGCACAUCAACCUGCAGCAUAAACCUGUUUUCGGGGGGGUGUUGGCCGUUGGUUUCGAUAAACAUUCAAAAGAUCAAGUUUGCUCCAAAACCCGAUAUCCUACACGCAUUCUUAAACAUGAAAAAAUAAUAUAUAAUCAGGAGCAUAUGUGAAAUAUUACCCGUAGCAACUCUUCAACGGACCGAACAUUCUUAACAUAAAGUGCAGUGUAUUUGUGUGCAGUUUGUAUGUAGCCCACUCGACUAAACGUAUCGAAACAGCUCACCGGAGCCGUUAGUGCGCUAUUCGCAUUGCUCGGUGUUCGUAGUGUGUGUGUGUGUGUAUAGUGUGACAUUUGAAGUGACAUCAGACAGCAGACGAAUCGAACGUACGAAACGCUCUUCCCGGGGAUUUUCCGACGAAUAUCGGUACCCCGCAACAUACCACACCAUGGGCUUUUCGUCCGCUCUGCAGGGUCGGGCGGCGCACGAUGCGCUGCUCAACCGGCAGGAGGCCGAGCUGAAGCUGCUCGAAACGAUGAAACGGUGCCUGGUGCAGAAGGCCAAGUGCGAUCGGGAAUAUGCCGUGUCACUAGCAGCUGUCACUCAACAAGGACUCAAAAUCGAUCGUUCGGAUGAUCUACAAGGAAGUCACAUAAUGCGAGCGUGGCGAAGCUUCAUGGAAGAAUUAGAGCAUACGGCCAAACAAAUUCGCACCAACGCGGAACAGUUGGAAACGGUCUGUCACGAGAAGCUAGCCAGCCUCUACCAGGAAAAGCGACGCGUCAGAAAGCAGUACCAAGAGGAGCACACCAAAAUAGCCACCCAGUUCAGCCAUCUCACAGAGGACGUUGCACGGAAGAAAAGCGAGUACCAGAAGCAUUUAGACUACUACAAACUGCUGCGGGGCCGGUUCGAGGAACACAUCAAAUGUAAGUCAGUAUGCUCCGGUCGAUCCGGACGAAAGCUGGACGAUGUCAUAGACAAGUACCAGAAGGCCUGCCGGAAGCUGCAUCAAGCGCAUAACGAGUACGUCCUGCUCAUCACCGAGGCGGUCGAGGUGGAGAAGGACUUUCGGACGAUACUGCUGCCCGGACUGCUCGAGCACCAGCAAUCCCUCCAGGAAGGUUUCAUUCAGGCGUGGAGCAACCUGCUACAAGAGAUUGCAAAGCUGAGUGAUAUGACGUCGGAAAAGUACGUCGACAUACAGCAGCGCAUCGAGUGCAGCAUAGCGGGAAUAAACUCCACCGAAGAGUAUCGCGAGUUUACGGAGAAACACAAAACCUCACCAACGGCACCGGUCAUUUUCCAGUUCGACGAGACGCUCGUCGAGGAUAGUCUAGGUAAGCUGCAGGCCAACACACUCACCGUGGACAACCUUACCGUUGACUGGUUGCGGGGCCGACAGACCGAGCUCGAGGGUACGAUCAAAGAUCUACAGGAUCGGCAGCAUAAGUUGUGCAGUGAUACGAACGGAACGAAUGGCAGCAGUCCAGCGGUCAGCCCAGUUAGUACACCGGGUACGAAGCCAUCCACACCGAUACUGAACGGUUCCAACGGUAACGGUGUGCUGGGAAAAGAUCAAACCGCCAACAAAUCGUCAAAGGAACUAAACACACUGCGGUGCCAAGAACGACAAACGCUCAAGCUGGUCGACAUGAUCCGUUCGGCGCUAAAUGAGGUGGGCUGUGAGGAGCUACCGUCCGGUUGUGAUGACCUUUCCGUGGAGCAUCUCAUCGAGAACAAAAAGUCUGUCAGUCAGGAUCUAUCGGUGGACUCACUUCAGCAUACCUCCACCGCACUGGGUCUCUUCUCCUUGCGCACUGGUGGUGGUGGUAGCGGUGGUGGUGGUGGUGUGAUGUCGAUGCUAAUGGAUCAACUAAGGCGCAAAUCUGGGCCGCCAACCGUUUCAGGAUCGAACGCUGCCGGUAAGACACCACGGUCAGGACCGACCCCGGCACAGACGCCCAAACCGGGCCAUCGAGGAACGACGUCAACGAUGACUCUCUCGACAAACCGUCCGCUGCAUGAGGAGGAAUGGUUCCACGGUGUUCUGCCCCGCGAGGAAGUGGUCCGAUUGCUGCGCAACGAGGGCGACUUUCUGGUGCGCGAAACGACCCGCAACGACGAAAGCCAAACCGUGCUGAGUGUCUGCUGGAAUGGACACAAACACUUUAUCGUGCAAACGACCGCUGAGGGUCACUAUCGCUUCGAAGGACCAGCCUUCCCGAGCAUACAGGAGCUGAUCGUACACCAAUACCAGUCGGAGCUGCCCGUGACGGGCCGUUCCGGAGCUGUGCUACGCAAACCAGUGCUACGCGAACGCUGGGAACUAAGUAACGACGAUGUGAUUCUGCUGGACAAGAUUGGCCGUGGCAAUUUCGGCGACGUGUACAAGGCCAAGCUGAAAUCGUCGAAAAACACCCUCGUAGCCGUUAAGACGUGUCGCAUGACACUGCCCGAGGAGCAAAAGCGCAAGUUUCUGCAGGAGGGGCGCAUCCUGAAGCAGUACGAUCAUCCGAACAUUGUAAAGCUGAUCGGCAUCUGCGUGCAGAAGCAACCGAUCAUGAUCGUGAUGGAGCUGGUGGCGGGUGGUUCGUUGCUGAUGUUUCUACGCAAGAAUGCAAGCACGCUGGGCCAGCGGCAGAUGAUGGGUAUGUGCCGGGAUGCAGCAGCUGGCAUGCGCUACCUGGAGUCAAAGAACUGCAUCCAUCGGGAUCUUGCCGCCCGUAACUGUUUGAUCGGCAAUGAAAAUAUAGUAAAAAUCUCCGACUUUGGAAUGUCCCGCGAGGAGGAAGAGUACAUUGUAUCCGGAGGCAUGAAGCAGAUCCCGAUCAAGUGGACUGCACCGGAAGCACUGAACUUCGGCAAGUACACCUCGCUGUGCGACGUCUGGUCGUACGGUAUACUGGUGUGGGAAAUUUUCAGCCGCGGCGAUACACCCUACUCGGGCAUGAGCAACUCGAUGGCACGGGAACGAAUAGACGAGGGUUACCGCAUGCCAACGCCCGAAGGUGCGCCACCCGAGAUGUACCGGCUCAUGCUCAAGUGUUGGUCGUACGAGCCGGAAAGUCGGCCACAUUUCGACGAAAUCUACAGUGUGGUGGACGCACUGCUACUCUGCACCAAGGACUGACGGCCGGUGGACACCACCAUCGGGCUGAGUACAGCGAAAGCGAAGGAAGUCAUCGGUGGAUGGCCUGCUGCCCGUGGGCUGUGGAGCGAAGGGCUCACAAUGCUGCAGCGAUUAAUUAAUACCUCAGGUGGGGUGUAGUCUGCUGCAAAGAAACAACAAAAUAUGGUGGAGGACCAAUCCCAUAUUGCCAAUCGGUUUCCGUACUGCGGCUCCAUACAGAUAAGGCCAAGUGCAGCGCCAAUGCUUGCACGGUUUUCUGCCUAGCUUUACAUUGCGUUUUAAGCAUCAAGCACUUUGCGAAAUGCACUGGGAAAGAGAGAUAGAGUGCGGGAGAGUGGUUCCGAUUACAAAAACUUAAAUUCUAAGAUCAAGGUGCUUUUUGUAGCAACGAGCAGAAUCUAAUAAGUAGAUAGUGAGAGCAUGCUAGAGGACAGCCAAGUAGGAGAAAAACUGUUGGAAAUUGCUAUAGGUGUGUAGGUUAUUGUGUACAGGGGUGUCUUUAAAAUUGUGUAAAACGGUUGGCAAACGGAUAGAUGUAUAUGGGGUUGAGGUUGAGCUGAGUCUACGCCGCCGUGUGGCAGGAAACGAUACGAACAUUUUGGUUAUUUAAAUGUGAAACCCACUGAUCUUUAACGUAAAGCAAUAAUAGCUUUGUGCUCCUAAAAGUUAAGACCGGCCUUUCCAAAAUAGCUCUCAGAUAUCGAAUGCUAAGUCCCUGUUAAAAUAGACUUCAAAUUAGGGUGAGAAGGUGUGUAGACCAGUGCUUCGAAGGACACCAAAAUUGGACCAUCUGAUAUCGUUAAGAUCUGCACUGGUUAAGGUGCAGACAAUCAGCCAUCUUUGGGACCCGAAUAGACUUGUUAAAUAGGGGGACAAUCCUGUAGAAGAACUAAAAAAUAUUCGGCUUCGUCCCUUUUCUCGGAACAUCCUCAAGUUUGUCUGAGGAUAGUAUGCCAUCUAUAUGAGGCACCACCAUGGAUUUAUUCUAGGCUAGCAAACCCACUCAUAUCUAAUUGUUUAGCGAAAAAUGUUCACAAUUUGACCCCGCUGAACUCACUAUUCACCAUUUCCGCUUAUAUUCCUGCCGCACGCUAUAGCGAAGUAGCUCCGUCAAUAACGAAGAAGAAGCACAACAACACAAAAUAGGGUAAGCUUUAGAAAAUGAGCCACGAUCAACGACGUGCAGGAGCAGAUGGGACUCGUAUUUGAAUCGAGUUUGAAACUGUGGUCAACAUUUUUAAGGUAAGUAUUUGAAAGUGUGUGAAUGCGGGCAUGUCCACGGAGAAUUGAAUGGCUGACGGGGAAAGCACAGAAGCGUUGGGAACGAUGUGGAGUUGUAGAACUGUGGGAUUAUGUGAGCAACGUGAGCUUGCAGCAACGACGUGUGAUAGUUGGUUAGAGAAAUCGAGAUGGGUUUAUAGAAAGCACUAGAACAAACGCAAACAGACAGACGAAUGGGAAUGGAAGGAGUGUGUGUGUGUGACCACCAAACUAAAUGAGGCCUGUAAAGAUGAACGAAGCUGGAAAAAAGCGUCUCACGACACCGGACGCGAGUGUGUUCCAAAGUGCUUGUGUAUUUAUUGACAGUAUACUCACUAAUCUCUUCCUAGCAGUAUCGCGCGCAUAUUGGCCAUCGCACACAAAACUUAUACUCAGCUUGAGGAGGGCGCAUUGCAAUCGCUUAUCGCGAAGGGAAUUAUCGACCGAAAUCAAAAUCGAAAACUCGCAAGCAAACGGCAUUUAACGCAACUGCAGCAACACCAACCCAGACAGGCAGUUAGGAGGCAGAAUAGCAGAUACGAAGAAUACUCGUAACUGUGAAACGAUGGUUUCCACACGGCUCUCGCACUAUUUCCGACCACAAAGCACAUUGUGGAGCACAUUUUCACGCUACAGGCAUAUACAUACAUACUUGCAUACAGAACUCGUUCACUUUUCGUCACAUCUCUCCAAUGGUAGGGCCACUUCCUUUUGGUUUUCUCCCUGUCUCGUUAACACAACAACUCAUGUACUCACUUACCCGGAAUGUUUGUGACGGGCUAAGCUAAAUGUAUCGCGAUAUUUACAUAAAUUAAACGUAUAAGUUACACAAAAUAA